UCGUCGCGCACUGACUGACGUAGACGGACUCUUGGCGCGCACUGAUGACGUAGGCGCCUCUUGGUCUUCUGAAAACAUUGAAGGUUCUACUGGCACAAGUAGCAGCACAGCCAUGAACUGGAACAAAGGUGGUCCAGGUGUGAAGCGAGGGUUUGGAUUUGGAGGAUUUUCCCUUGCAGGGAAAAAAGAAGAACCUAGUGUUCCUCCGAACCCAAACACAUCAUUUGGAGCCCCUGGAUCAAGUGGAUAUGGGAAGGGCCAGCAGCUCCCAUCUUUCUACAAAAUAGGGACAAAAAGAGCCAAUUUUGAUGAGGAAAAUGCGUAUUUUGAGGAUGAUGAAGAGGAGUCCAGCAGCAAUGUUGAUCUGCCGUACAUCCCAGCUGAGAACUCGCCCACACGGCAGCAGAUGCAGUCUGGUGGUGGGUCAGACAGUGAAGAUGACCCACUGGACGCCUUCAUGGCAGAGGUUGAGAGCCAAGCAGCUAAAGACAUGAGGAAACUAGAGGAAAAGGAAAAGGAGAAAAAGUCAGCCAAGGGUAUUCGUGAUGACAUUGAAGAAGAAGAUGAACAAGAAGCCUACUUCCGCUACAUGGCAGAGAAUCCCACAGCCGGGAUGACCCUAGAGGAGGAGGAUGAAAAUAUUGACUAUGACAGUGACGGGAACCCAAUCGCACCCGCCGCCAAGAAAAUCAUCUUGCCGCUUCCCCCCAUUGACCAUUCUGAGAUUGAUUACCCACCCUUUGAGAAAAACUUUUACAAUGAGCAUGAAGAGCUCAGCAGCCUGAAUGGAACUCAAGUGUUGGAGUUAAGGCACAAAUUGAAUUUACGGGUAUCUGGUGCCGCCCCUCCAAAACCUUCUACUAGCUUUGCCCACUUCAACUUUGAUGAGCAGUUAAUGCACCAAAUCCGCAAGUCCGAGUACACUCAGCCCACACCGAUUCAGUGCCAGGGUGUGCCCAUAGCUCUGUCUGGACGUGACAUGAUUGGUAUUGCAAAAACUGGAAGUGGAAAAACUGCAGCUUUUAUCUGGCCCAUGCUGGUUCACAUCAUGGACCAAAAGGAACUGGAGCCAGGAGAGGGGCCGAUCGCCAUCAUUGUGUGUCCCACCAGAGAGCUUUGUCAGCAGAUCCAUGCAGAAUGUAAGCGUUUUGGGAAAGCUUACUCUUUGCGUUCUGUGGCAGUUUAUGGAGGAGGCAGCAUGUGGGAGCAGGCCAAAGCUCUGCAGGAGGGAGCAGAGAUUGUGGUGUGCACUCCGGGUCGCCUGAUUGACCAUGUGAAGAAGAAGGCCACGUCCCUUCAGAGAGUGUCAUACCUGGUGUUUGAUGAGGCGGAUCGCAUGUUUGAUAUGGGUUUCGAAUAUCAGGUUAGAUCUGUUGCUAGCCAUGUCCGCCCAGACAGACAGACGCUUCUGUUUAGUGCUACUUUCCGAAAGAAGAUAGAAAGGCUUGCCAGAGACAUCUUGGUCGACCCUAUCCGUGUGGUGCAGGGAGACAUCGGAGAGGCCAAUGAGGAUGUCACCCAGAUUGUGGAGAUGCUGCACAGCGCGACAGAUAAAUGGAGCUGGCUUACCCGGCGGCUGGUGGAGUUCACCUCCUCCGGAUCAGUCCUCAUCUUUGUCACUAAGAAGUCAAACUGUGAGGAACUGGCUACUAACCUGACCCAGGAGGGCUACAGCCUGGGCCUCCUGCACGGAGACAUGGACCAGAGUGAGAGGAACAAGGUCAUCAGCGACUUCAAGAAGAAGAAUUUGCCUGUUCUGGUGGCCACUGAUGUAGCUGCUCGUGGUCUGGACAUCCCAUCCAUUCGCACAGUGGUAAACUACGAUGUGGCACGAGACAUCGACACGCACACACACAGGAUUGGUCGAACUGGUCGCGCUGGAGAGAAGGGCGUGGCUUACACUCUCCUCACCAACAAAGACACCACGUUCGCUGGUGACCUCGUUCGAAAUCUAGAGGGAGCCAAUCAAGCCGUUUCCAAAGAACUGAUGGAUUUAGCCAUGCAGAAUCCCUGGUUCAGGAAAUCCAGAUUCAAGAGUGGGAAAGGAAAGAAGCUGAAUAUUGGCGGAGGUGGUCUUGGUUACAGAGAGAGACCCGGCCUGGGGGCUGAAAGUUCUGAACGCAGCGGCAACUUUUUGUCUUCCACUAGUAGCUUUGAAGGCUACAGCAAACCAACCAGUGGGGCAAUGGGAGAUCGCAUGUCUGCUAUGAAACAAGCCUUCCAGGCUCAGUAUAAGAGCCACUUUGUAGCUGCGUCCAGCGGCCCUCCGAAGCUCACCACUAAGUCCAACAGCUCGUCAUGCUGGACUAGUGCCGGCAGCUUGAGCUCUGUGCCGACCGAGUCCGCCAAUGGCCCAGAGCGGUCCCAGAGCGCCACCUUGUCCAUGUCCAUGCCCAUGCCUGGCUUCACCAGCGCUGGCUCCCUGAGCUCCGUGCCCACCAGUCAAACCAGUUCACAGCACAGCUUCCCUCCUCCCGCACCUCCCCCACAGAGAGACAUCCCUCGGGAAAGGCACGGGGAGGACCGGGGGCGCCAAGACAGUUACCGCCACAGCGACAGGGGCGAUCGACACGGGGGAGAGGAUCGCUACGGAGACCGGGAGCGCCACGGAGACCGAGAUCGCGACCGCCACGGGGACCGGGAGCGCCACAGCAGCAGCCGCAAUAGCGAAGGUCGUAAUGGAGAGGGAAGCAGGAGGGACAGAGAGGAUCGUAGGAGUGAGAGGGACGGGGGUGAGGGGAGGGACAGAGAAGAUCGUAGGGUUGAAAGGGACGGGGGAGACAGGGGGAGUGCAGAGGGAAGGGAGAGAGAAGAUCGGAGGAGUGAGAGGGACGGGGGAGACAGGGGGAGUGUAGAGGGGAGGGAUAGAGGAGAUGAUAGCUUUGCUGUCCCCGAACCACCAAAGCGUAGAAAGAGUCGGUGGGACAACUAAAGAAACAAAAAAAUAAACACAUCAAUAGAAUAAUAUGUUGAAAUAACUGCUCCAUGGUGAGCUUGUCUGUUGGGUAGGCAGAUAGCAGAGCAUAUCAGAGGCUGACACAAGCACAGGACCAUAAGGGGGGAUUUUGUGGACUUUGAAUAAAAGUGUACGGUGAGGUUGGAAAGGGACCUCAUGAUUUGGUCAGAGCUCAAAGGAGCAGUGCAGCUCAGAGACAGUCACUGUACAUUUAUCAUCAAGACUGUUGUUGUUAUUCAGUAGGAUUAAACAAUAGAGUGGUAAUGAAUCCUGCUGUCGAUAAACAAUUCAGAACUAGGAUUAUGUUGGUUAUCGCCUUGCUUCAUCUCACUGAGCUCCUAAAAUGCUUUUGUGCUUGUAAACCUGAGGGUUCAUUUUUUUUCCUAAUUCUUUGCCAAGAGUGUUUUGUGUGUUUUGCAUUUUGUCAAUGUACAAAGAUAACUCUUAAAAUUGUUUCAUUUUUCAAAAGCGCUCUGUGAUGAUUCAGACACACACACACACACGUAUGUUUAAACUAUGUAGCUCUUUUUGUGUCUUGUAUUCGAGUUCUAGUGAAGUGCCUUUUAUUUGGCAUUUAGUCUGUCUUUGCUUUUGAAAUGUUUUUCAAGAAAGAAAUUUGUUUGUAUGAGAGGAAUUUGAAGUGUUCAUUCACACAUGGAACAUGAGGUUUUGAAUAAAAAGACACCUUUG